AUGGAGCGAUCCGACUCAGUCUCGUCCUCAGGUUCAAGGUCCGGCUCUGCCCAAGUAGGACCAUUCGCAUAUCAGACACGCCUCCUCGAGCGAACUGCGUCCCGUAGUGGUGCAGGCUCUCUUUCUCGAGCAGCUUCGGUAGCUAGAAAUGGCGUACUAUCGUCUCCCACAGGAAACAGUAGCACUCCAAAUGCAACGAGAAGAUGGACACCGACACACCGCGUCGGCAACAGCUUAGACACUGUGAGGGGGAAGUGGGAGGAGCGCUCUAGAACAGAGAACCUCUCUGAAUCCCGUACACCGUCCACACCUUCUGCAGAAGAGCGUACUCGAGCCAUCAGCAUGGUCAGUCCGUCUCCCGAAGCCACAAACAGAACCCGCUAUACGGAUCGUCUGCAAUCAAAUCAUCCGGUGGGGACAGACGAACUACCUCGCAGCAAUAUCAGCUCUCCUUUAUUGAAACGGCAUACCAUGCCUGCACCCAUUAUUGCCUCUCCUUUAUCACCAAACACAACAGGCGUUACUAUAGAAGGCCCCGAAUCUCCUACUCAUCCGUUCUCUACACCUACUCCCCAACGUAUCCGCUUACCUGUGUCGACACCUCUACAGUCGUCGUCAGUAUCUGCGCUUAAACAGCUUAGUAACUAUGCAGUUCCUGCAUCUUCUCCUGAAGCAUCUGCUGGUACCGCGGUUACAAGGGUCCGGCGUGCCAAUACUUUGGAAAGCGUUAAUCCUACUACAACGGGCUCAUCGACAUCCUCUGACAGCUCUCUUACUACUCCUGGUCCUUCACGGAUAUCUCGUGUCUGGCCACCAGAAUCAUCGCCUGCGGGCACUCUCAGUCGGAGACCCACUUCUCUCUACGGAGGAUCCCUCUACUCUCCUAUGCCGCCAUCUCCGGACAAAAAUGGUCCUCGUACACCGUCGAGUGCAACAUUCUCCCGUGCAUCGUCUCUUUCCCCGGAUAAGCCCUCUUACCGACCUUCAUCUACGUCAUCGACAUCCUCUGUUAUGUCUCCGGCACCUUAUCGGAGCUCGUAUAUGACAAACAAGAGAGCAUCCGCUUACGGGGAUGUUUUUACUACUGGUCGUCGACUCGGGCAACAUCUUCCGCGUAUCGCAAGUGGCGACGCAUCGGAAGACUGGGUUGAUGAUACUCGCGCGGACGAAGAGCCUCCGCUUCAAGAUCGACGAAGUCGUAGGGAGGAAAGAAUGUUUCGAGCAAGAGAUUGGGAGCCACCGUCUCCGUCUCCGGAGAAGCAUCGAGAACCAGAGCUUGUUGUCCCAGGCGUCACGGAUGCUGGUGAUGUGACCGGCAUUCCUGGACGGCUACGGCUAUCCAGAGAUAUGACGUCAAGCGCUCAGACAUCUCCCUCGCCAUCCACUCGACUUACCCGAGGGUUAUGGGCAGAUGUGCAGAGACAUCUUCUGCAAGCUUAUGAAUAUCUCUGCCACGUUGGGGAAGCACAGCAAUGGAUCGAAGGGUGUUUAGGCGAGGAGCUGGGCUUUGGUGUAGUAGAGAUGGAGGAAGGUUUGAGGAAUGGGGUGGUAUUGGCGAAGUUGGUAAGAGUCUUUCAAGGCGAAGGCGCAGUGCGCAAGAUUUAUGAUGCCCCGAAGCUGGAUUUCCGGCAUUCAGACAACAUUAACCACUUCUUUGGGUUUGUCCGUCAUGGAUUCAUCUUUGAACUCACUGACCUUUAUGAGAAGAAGAAUUUUCCUAAGGUGAUUUACUGUAUACAUGCCCUGAGCCACUUGCUUGCUCGUCGGGGGCUUGCUGAACGAAUAGGCAACCUGGUUGGCCAUCUGCAAUUCACCGACGAUCAGCUUCAAAAGACUCAGAAGGGUCUUAAGGAUUCUGGUGUGGCCAUGCCUAACUUCGGUAAUGUAGGAAGAGAAUUGGCCAAGGAGAUCAAUGAAGAGCCAGAAGAAGAGAUAGAAACUGAGGAUGAACGCCGUGACCGUCUCCUCCUAGAGAACGAAGAUUCCAUCGUUUCAGCACAGACAGUUGCACGUGCCUUCCUCGUCAGAAAGGCUCAAGCAACACAGAAGGGGCGCAUCUGUCUCGCUGAACGGUACGUUCCCGGUAUCCAGGCUCAGUGCAGGGCGAUUUUGGUCCGCAGAAGAGAACGACGAGAACGAGAGCAGCGUACCGAUCUUAUUCCAUGGGCCAUUUCGAUACAGUCACACGCACGGGGUGUUAUCAUUCGUCGGGAUUGGCAAGCACAUUUACGAGCAAUCGAAGCCUCUGUUCCAUACGUUGUGAAGGCACAGGCACAAGGACGGGGUGCGCUCCAAAGGCGCAGAUACUUAAAGUUAAAGACAGCGCUCCGAAGCUCGAAAAUAUCUGUCGUAAAACUUCAAACUGCUGCUCGCGCACGAAUUGUGCAGAGAACGCACAGGGAGCUUACAAAGGCAUUUGCCGUACCCAUCGUGAUGGACAAUAUUCUCGGAUUACAAGCGCAUGCUCGAGGUGUACUGCUACGUCGCAACCUGGCUCGUCAGCAAGCGCUCCUCCGUCAAGCACAGCCGUAUAUAGUCAAAUUACAAUCCCAGGCUAGGGCGGCUCUCCUCCGUCGACGAGUUCGUACUCAACUCGCGAAGUUGGAAGACGUCACAGAUGUAGUUAUACGGAUCCAAGCGGCAGUACGGACAUACCUGGCUCGUAAACGGCUCCUUGGACUUAUCCGUGGAUUGCGCAAGGCUACCCCCGCUCUCAUUGGUCUCCAGGCUCGUGCGCGGGCGACCCUUGCACGGCAACGACAUGAGUCAAUGCACAAGGCUUUGUCUGAGGUUAAGGUCAUCAAAGCUGUCGGUGUUCUCCAAGCCGUCGCUCGUGCAGCUCUCGCUCGCAAUCGUCAUCAGGAGCAGGCUAAACAGCUUGAAUUUGUUCAGCCCGAUGUGCUAGGGUUUCAGGCUACAGCACGUGGCGCCUUAGCUCGUUGGGAGUAUCGUGCAUGGAGAGAUUAUCUACGCGCAAGUCAUCCUCAGGCAACGAUCCUUCAGGCCUUACUACGUGGUGCUAUGCAACGACAAAAGUUCCGCAUCAAGAUGCAGUACUACCGUACAAACCUCGAUAAGAUCGUUCAAAUUCAAUCUCUCUUCCGUGCGAAGGAGACCCGCGAGCAAUACCGUCAGCUCACACUGGGGACCAAUGUUUCUGUCGGCACGAUCAAGAACUUCGUUCAUCUCCUGGAUGACUCAGAAGCAGAUUUCCAAGAGGAGAUCAAGAUCGAACGACUGCGCCAAGACGUUGUGAAACGCAUUCGGGAAAAUCAAGGUUUGGAAAACGACGUUAACGAGUUAGACGUCAAGAUUGCUCUCGUGGUACAGAACGUCAAGAGUUUCGAAGAACUAACGAAGGUCCGGCGCAUACUCGGUGCGGAUACUGCGGCCGUCCAUGCUGCAAGGGCUUCCGUACUUGCAGCCUAUGGUGACCCUUUCGCUGGCCCAAGCACGUUGGAUAGGGCGGCGAAGCGCAAACUUGAGCUCUAUCAGCAACUGUUCUAUCUUUUACAGACGAGAGGCGAAUAUUUGACCCGAUUAUUCUCCAAAAUACCACGGGAGAAUGAUUGGGAGAAGCAUCGCCGGUCGACAGAGCGGGUAGUGUUGACUCUCUUUGGUUACGGACAAGAUCGUCGGGAAGAGUAUCUGCUCUUAAAACUUCUGCAGACGGCCAUCCAUGAAGAGGCUGCUGCCGCCACUUCCAUCGAUGAGAUCACUCAUGGGCAUCCAAUGUUUAUCAACAUUGCAGUUCAUUACCUACGUCCGAAACAAACUGCAUAUAUUCGUGAGACUUUCCAGAGCGUCAUAAGAGGAGUCGUUGAUUCGGAUGACUUGGACUUUGAGACUGAUCCCAGCAAGAUUUAUCGUGCUAGAGCUGAUCUAGAAGAACUGCGAUCCGGAGUGGCUAGCUCGGUGCCUAAAGAUCUUCCAUUCAGAACGGCUCUGAAUGAUCCAGACACGCGAGCAGAGUACAUUCGACAUCUCCAGGUAUUGCAAUGGUGGACGGAAGAGUUUGUCAAAGCAAUAACUCAGUCUAUCCAACGUAUGCCCUACGGUAUGCGCUUUUUGGCUCGAGAGACGCUGAGCGCCGUGAGAGAGAAAUUUCCUCAAGCACCCAACGAGGUGUAUGCUGCAUGCAUUGCAAGACUCGUUUAUUAUAGAUACAUCAACCCUGCCAUUAUCACUCCCGAGACAUUUGAUAUCGUCUCCAGCACCAUCGACAUUGCCUCUCGUAAAAACCUGGCUCAGAUUUCCAAGAUGCUUACACAAAUCACUAGUGGAGCCGAAUUUGGCGAUGAGACCCCAAGCUUUAUUCCAGUGAAUGACUACAUCAGGAAAACGAUCAAGAACAUCACGUCUUGGCUUAUUGCGGUUGCGGAUGUUCAAGAUGCAGAAUCUGAAUAUCAUGCACACGAAUUUCUCGACGCGACGGUUCAACCGAAGUCAAUCUACAUAUCGCCCAACGAGGUAUAUGGCCUUCACGGCCUGCUGUCGCAGCAUCUGGACGAUCUCGCUCCUAGUCGCGAUGAUAUAUUGCGAAUUAUUUUGUCCGAGCUCGACGGUGUUCCAAACGUUGGCAGUGAUGAACUUAAUGAUGCUCGCGACACUGCGAUCGAGUUACAGCUAACAAAUCGGUUUGCAAACGUGAAAGAUCCUGCCGCCGACGAGAAAGCUCUCUGGGUUCAAGCGAAAAGAGCUGUGCUAGCGAUUCUACGCGUUCAGCCCGCGAAAGAUCUUGUUGAAUCAUUAAUGCAACCGGUGACUGAUCAGCACGAAGCGGCUUGGGAGGGGAUUCUGGAGGAGAUGGAGCAAGAGCAAAGACGUCACCAGAGACGGAUGCCUUCAUCAACAGCCGCAGAUUCGGCGUAUCGCUUGGAGGAUAUUCGAUCUAUGACGUUCCGUGAAGUCAAGGCCCAUGCGAUCUACUUCCUCUUAGAACUGGAGAAGCUUGGCAGAAUUUCUCGCAUGGACGGCUAUCAAGGGAUUCUCAAUGCGAUCGCCGGUGAUGUUCGCAGCAAGAACCGCCGUCGCGUUCAGCGUCAACACGAGAAGGAGAGCAUGGAAGAGGCACAGAAGUAUCUCGCAGAACGCAAGAAAUACUUUGAAGAGCAAAUCAACAGCUACCACAACUACGUUGAGACUGCGAUGAAUACUAUGCAACGCGGAAAGGGGAAGAGACGGUUCGUCAUACCAUUUACCCAGCAAUACUUCCAUAUGCGCGAGCUGCAGAAGGCGGGUAAAACGCCCCAGUUUGGCUCGUUCAAGUAUACUGCACAGUAUUUCUACAAGAAGGGGAUCUUACUAUCAAUCGAUCAAUACUCUCCACGUCAAUUCGACAAGAUUGAUAUUGUUAUUUCCUCCAACAGUGUUGGCGUAUUCACCAUUGAAGUCUUCAACCAUGCGCUUGGAAUUACGAACCGGGUGGCAUCAGCAGACGUAAAGAUGGAGGACUUACUGCAAGCUCAGUUUGACAACCGUGCAUCUUAUUCAUUAUUCGACGGUUUGGCCAAAUUCAACCUCAAUCUUUUAUUGUGGCAGAUCAACAAGAAGUUUUAUGUAUGA